AUGGCUGAAUAUUUAGCUUCGGUAUGCGGGACAGAGAACAAGGUUAACUGCUCAUUUUACUUUAAGAUCGGGACCUGCCGGCACGGGGACCGAUGCCCCCGGCUUCACAACAAACCGACCUUCAGCCAGGAGGUGUUCGCGGAACUGCAGGAGAAGUAUGGGGAGAUUGAAGAGAUGAAUGUGUGCGACAACCUGGGGGACCACCUCAUGGGCAAUGUCUAUGUCAAAUUCCGACGGGAGGAGGAUGCAGAGCGGGCAGUGGCCGAACUCAGUAAUCCCUGGUUGAAGGGGCAGGCUGUGCAUGCUGAGCUGUCUCCUGUCACUGACUUCCGGGAGUCAUGCUGUCGGCAGUAUGAGAUUGGGGAAUGUACCCGCGGUGCCUUCUGCAACUUCAUGCACCUGCAGCCCAUUUCCCAGAACCUCUGGCAACAGCUGUAUGGGCAGGAACCCAGCCGCAGGUCACCCCCGAGGUCCUAAACUGGCCACCAACCCCAAGAAAGGAACCAACGGCAUUCCCCAGAUCACCGUCAUGGUCGCUUCUGAGAUUCUGAAGGGAAAGCCCUUCAUUCCUGACAGGCACAGAUGUUCUGGCCAGGACCCUUCCUCAAAGCCCCCUUCACUCUCCAGCUCUACCAUCCCCAGGUUCCGGCUACAUGAUGUAGUCUGUUCAACAGAGACC